AUGGGCCUUGAGGACGGUGUUGAGUCUGGCUACUCGGCGCUUAUCGUUGGUAGACCAGGAGCCGACAUUUCUCCCUACUUACAGCGCCGGAACAAAGAGACAACAUUUGCAAAGCUCAUGAUCACAUUGCCAUCCCACCACGUGGGUUCCUCGAUCUCACUCAAAUAUGGCAGAGAAAUAGAAAAGCUGCCGCUACAGCAAGGUCAUCAAUAUGGAAGUGUUGCAGCCCUAUGGCUUCUUGAAGCUGACCUCACUUGGCAGCCACCAAAGGCCGGGCACUUUGCUGCGCUUGUAUUUGACAUUGUGCGGCCUUCCCAUAGCAUUCCCACUAUUUCGCCUACACUAGAUGCGCCGCCAAUGCUCCAGGAAGCCCUCCGAGACUACUUUACUGCUGGCUCCGGCCCGCAAAUGCUCGCCUUCUGCCUGUCCAGACCUCGAAAUACUGCUUGGACUGCUUCUCCGAUCAACUCCAAUUUGACAACCAGCGACAAAGGUCAAAUCAGCUGCCUCCAGAGAGCGUGCCAUGAGGACCACUAUACCCUGUACCUUGCCCGGCUAGAAAGGACAGUCAUUGGUCUACGCGAUGGGGGUCCGCCAUUCGACGACACCAGAAUAGAUCAUCUCAGUCAUAUAUCAGCCGACCGACACAUACUCACCCAGGUGGAAUCCGUGAAAGGCACUCUCAUCUCUCGCAAUGUCCCAUUCGAGCUUCAAUGCUUCGUACAAAGCGAUGUGUACGAUCCUACACGGGAGCCGAAUUCGCGAGCAAUCCUUCAGCGAGACAGCGGCGCCAUGACCAAGAUGAAACUAUGCUCCAGAGACACGGUUGUCCUUAUCAUGGAUCCGGAAUAUGAAGCGGACUUCCUUGUGACGCAUAGCAGCGAGUUUCCUCCCGCCACGCUAGCAGACAAGAUCCGACGAGCGUAUAAAGCAGUGACAGAUGAUCCCAACGAUGAGCACAAGGCAAACAGUCUUCGCCGACUCAGCAGAGCCAUCGUCCGGCACAUGAAGGACAAGUUCGGGCAGGUCCACUCUGACGACAAAGCGGUGAAAGCAAUGGCCAAAACACUGUGCCCUGAUUUGGAGGAAGAUAAAAAAGUGAUCCUGUUCGACCUGCUCACAGUCCUAGAACCCCCCAGAGAUGACUUCGUGUUCGAAUUGUUGCUAAUCGCAGAGUGUACCAGUUGGGAAAGAGCAGUUUCUGAGCUCGGCCGGAGAUUCUGUCGCAUGCCUGACGCAGUUCGCCGCGUGGAUGCAAUGUUCAGUCUGCUGGACACGGUGCGAGACAGAGCACCAAGAAAGGGCACCCAACUGAAAGAAUGGAUAGAGGCCAACCUCCACGGACGCAUUUCCGGGCUUCCUGUGAUUACUCAGGAGGAACAGCUCGUGACUUCCAAAACCAUAUCUUCUUACCAAAGAUCAUCAUCAAUUUCCCCUAGGCUCCUGUAUCUGGCUAUUGCAGCAGAUUCUGGUAGCUUCCCCUCCCUCUCGUCCGGGUCUCAGACCAUGGCGGGAUUCGCAGUCCUAUUCGCUCCAAGAAAAUGGUGUCGUUAUGAGAGUCUUCAUUCCUCGUCUCACAGAACGGAUCUUGGAGGCAUCCGCGCGAAUCAGGAAAAAAGUGCGAACGAGCUCUUCGACUUGAUACUUGCAGCCUCGAAAAUGACAUCCACAUUCAUUAACCGUCUCGUGGAAGCGAUCAGCGGAACCGCGGCAAUGGCCCAUCCUAACCGCCUUCCCUCUAAAUUGUUGCCGCGGGUCGUUGAACUCGCCGGAAUGCUUGAUACGGGCAUGCCUGCACAUGCGGUUGAAGGGAUCCAGAACCUCGUCACCGAUGUUCUCCUCAAGUUUUACAUCCACGAUACGUCCCCAGUUUCCAAUUUGCCCACACUAGGGAAGAGCCAACUGCAACCCCCGUCCGCGACUCUGCCAAAUUCUGCGCCGUUGCCGUCGUCUUCAACACCAGCACCAGCACCAGCCCAAACCAUCCCACAAACAGGCGUCAAGCGUAAAGCAGACGACCUUUCUGACCCAAGCCCCCUGGGCGAGAUCUCAAACAUUGCCAGCCAAAACGCCAACAGGGUCGUCAGAGCGAAGCCCGAAUUCGACUUUGAAGAUGACGAAGACGACGAAGACGAAGAAGAAGAUAUAUUAGAAAAUCUUGCCAGAUACAGAGUCAAGCAAGAGAUCGAAGAGAUCGACUUGACCGGCAUCGACUGA